UGGACCACGAUACACUAACAGAUCCAGGGAUACCAGGUGACAUAAUGAGCCUUCUUUUGCAUGUGUGCAUCCUUGGUUUGGUUGGCAUCGUUAGUGCUGCUGACACCAACAAAAGCCAUACAGCAAUAUCGCGCCAAGGAAUUAAGCCGGAUGCUGACUGUGGAAAGGAAGAAAAGAAUUGUUUCCAGAAAUGCCAUUACAAUGGUUGCGAGUUCAGGGUUACAUGGAAACAAAUCGAUAAUUACGUCGAAUUUGAAGUUAUUCAAGAUACUUUGUCUGUGUUCAAUUUAAAUGUGUGGAUCGCUAUAGGAUUCUCGGAGAACCAAGAAAUGAAAGGAACCAGUGUGGUGAUGUGCUUGUAUAACGAAUUAUCGCCAUCAGUAGAACUUGGCUAUAACCCAAGACACUACUUCCAAAAGUUACAUGACACGGCAAACAUACUUAGGAAAACCAGUGCUUCGUUCGUCGAUUUGAUUUUCACCUGUAAGUUUCAGCGUCGAAUUAAAACCGAACUAAAUCACGUUGCGUCGCUGUCGAACCCGUCAUACCUGCUAGUUGGCCAGGGUGCUGUCGAUCUAAUUUCAGGCAAGCCUGAUCGACAUAAUGAAAUUCCAGCAUGCUCGAACAGGAAACUGAAUUUCAUCCGUGGUCCUGAUUAUCCAACCACUACGUCUACUCCUGACAUUACGAUAAAGCCUGCUCCAUUUGUACCGGAAUCAAAGUGUGGAGUGACAAAAGGUUGUUUCCGCAGUUGUGACGAUACGGGGCAGUGUUCAUACCAAGUGACGUGGGAGGAGGCUGGAGAUUAUAUAGACUUUACAAUGUCACGGAAUAUCAAUGCUGUAGACAACGUCUGGAUAGCUCUCGGGAUAUCAGAUGAUACUAACAUGAAAAACACCAGUGUUAUCAUGUGUAAGGAUACGAAUGACAGCAUUUCAGUGGAGCUCGGCUACAAUCCCGGAUACGCGUACAACACAGUGGCAACGAAUACCAGCGAUCUUGUUAACACCAGCGGGUCACUCGAAGAUGGAAUCUUCACCUGUAGAUUCCAACGCAGAAAGAUAAUCUCUGACUUCAAUAACACAUUCUCAUUAACUGAAAAACACUUUCUUAUUGUGGCCAAUGGUACUUUAGUGGCUGGAGUACCAGCCAAACACACCACCGCCCCGAUUGUAAGUCCAGAAAAACAAGACUUCACCCACAUCGUCCCAGAGUCUACCACGGUAAAUCCAGGGGAGAUAACUACACAGCCAGGACCGAUCACCCCUGACGCAGACUGUGGAGUCACUAAAGGGUGUUUCUCCAGCUGUGACAGUAAGGACAGUUGUAUGUUUCAAGUGACGUGGCAGGAGGCUGGAGAUUAUAUAGACUUUACAAUGUCACGGAAUAUCAGUGCUGUAGACAACGUGUGGAUAGCUCUCGGGAUAUCAGAUGAUACUAACAUGAAAAACACCAGUGUUAUCAUGUGUAAGGACGCGAAUGGAAACAUUUCAGUGGAGCUCGGCUACAAUCCCGGAUACGCGUACAACACAGUGGCAACGAAUACCAGCGAUCUUGUUAACACCAGCGGGUCACUCGAAGAUGGAAUCUUCACCUGUAGAUUCCAACGCAGAAAGAUAAUCUCUGACUUCAAUAACACAUUCUCAUUAACUGAAAAACACUUUCUUAUUGUGGCCAAUGGUACUUUAGUGGCUGGAGUACCAUCCAAACACACCACCGCCCCGAUUGUUAGUCCAGAAAAAGAAGACUUCACCCACAUCGUCCCAGAAUAUACUACGGUUAACCCAGGGGAGAUAACUACACAGCCAGGACCGAUCGUCCCUGACGCAGACUGUGGAGUCACUAAAGGGUGUUUCUCUAGCUGUGACAGUAAGGACAGUUGUAUGUUUCAAGUGACGUGGCAGGAGGCUGGAGAUUAUAUAGACUUUACUAUGUCACGAAAUAUCAGUGCUGUAGACAACGUGUGGAUAGCUCUCGGGAUAUCAGAUGAUACUAACAUGAAAAACACCAGUGUUAUCAUGUGUAAGGACGCGAAUGGAAACAUUUCAGUGGAGCUCGGCUACAAUCCCGGAUAUGCGUACAACACAGUGGCAACGAAUACCAGCGAUCUUGUUAACACCAGCGGGUCACUCGAAGAUGGAAUCUUCACCUGUAGAUUCCAACGCAAAAAGAUAAUCUCUGACUUCAAUAACACAUUCUCAUUAAAUGAAAAACACUUUCUUAUUGUGGCCAAUGGUACUUUAGUGGCUGGAGUACCAUCCAAACACACCACCGCCCCGAUUGUAAGUCCAGAAAAAGAAGACUUCACCCACAUCGUCCCAGAAUAUACUACGGUUAACCCAGGGGAGAUAACUACACAGUCAGGACCGAUCGUCCCUGACGCAGAGUGUGGAGUCACUAAAGGGUGUUUCUCUAGCUGUGACAGUAAGGACAGUUGUAUAUUUCAAGUGACGUGGCAGGAGGCUGGAGAUUAUAUAGACUUUACAAUGUCACAGACUAUCAGUGGUGUAGACAACGUCUGGAUAGCUCUCGGGAUAUCAGAUGAUACUAACAUGAAAAACACCAGUGUUAUCAUGUGUAAGGAUGCGAAUGGCAGCAUUUCAGUGGAGCUCGGCUACAAUCCCGGAUAUGUGUACAACACAGUGGCAACGAAUACCAGCGAUCUUGUUAACACCAGCGGGUCACUCGAAGAUGGAAUCUUCACCUGUAGAUUCCAACGCAGAAAGAUAAUCUCUGACUUCAAUAACACAUUCUCAUUAACUGAAAAACACUUUCUUAUUGUGGCCAAUGGUACUUUAGUGGCUGGAGUACCAUCCAAACACACCACCGCCCCGAUUGUAAGUCCACAAAAACAAGACUUCACCCACAUCGUCCCAGAACAUACCACGGUUAACCCAGGGGAGAUAACUACACAGCCAGGGCCAAUCGUCCCUGACGCAGAUUGUGGAGUCACUAAAGGGUGUUUCUCUAGCUGUGACAGUAAGGACAGUUGUAUGUUUCAAGUGACGUGGCAGGAGGCUGGAGAUUAUAUAGACUUUACAAUGUCACAGAAUAUUAGUGCUGUAGACAACGUCUGGAUAGCUCUCGGGAUAUCAGAUGACACCAACAUGAAAAACACCAGUGUAAUCAUGUGUAAGGAGUCGAAUGGCAGCAUUUCAGUGGAGCUCGGCUAUAAUCCCGGAUACGCGUACAACACUGUAGCAACGAAUACCAGUGACCUUAUACAUACCGGAGGAUUGCACGAAGAUGGAGUCUUCAAAUGCAGUUUCCAACGUAGAAAGACAAUCGAGGACUUCAAUAACACUUUCUCUUUGACUGAGAAACGCUUCCUCAUAAUUGCCAAUGGCCUUCUGGCGUCUGGUAUCCCACAGAAGCACACCUCCGAACCCGUAGUCAGCCCUGAUAAGGAGGAUUUUAUUCAUAUCGUCCCCGAUACUACACCGGUAAACCCAGGGGAGAUAACCACCCAGAGUGGGACGUCCAUAGUAAAAGAUCCCGAGUGCGGUAAAACAAAGGGGUGUUUCUCGGACUGCAAGGGACAAUCCUGUACAUAUCUAGUCACGUGGCAAAGCGAACCCAAGACCAAAACCAUUCUGUUUGAAAUCGCCUCCGCUGUAACGCCUAGUGUGGACGAUUGGAUUGCUAUAGCGUUAUCACCCAAUGGAAAAAUGGCUAAAUCUAGUGUCAUGAUGUGUAUAUUGAAGAACGGUGUAGUUACCACAGAGCUUGGUUACAAUACGGAUGACCCUACCUACCAGCCACUUACUAAUAAAACCGAAUAUCUGUCAGAUAUGAGUGGCUCCAUAGAAGGCAGCAUAAUGAGAUGCAUUUUCCAGAGAGCAGAUCGCGUCUCGGGCACUCUUAAUACCGAUAGUAUGAAGAUAUUCGACCUCGACAAACAAUGGUAUCUUCUUUUUGCUCAUGGACUAGCGCCAUCAGGGGUUCCCGAGAGACAUAAAGACAAGCCGACAAAGAGUAAAGGAAAGAUAGAUUUCCAAAAGACAGCAGACACUGGCAUGGGAAAGCAGGAGUCUGCACUUGUCAAGUUACACGGUUUUCUUAUGAUACUCGCUUGGAUUAUAUUAUCCACUUCCGGUAUGCUGAUUGCGCGGUAUUUCAAGCCAAUUCUUCGCAAGAAAGUCAAUGGAAAACAUCUCUGGUUUCAGGUCCACAGGACGUGUAUGUGUACAGUAGUGGUACUUACAUUGACCGCCCUUAUCAUCAUUUUUAUCGAAGUAGGAGGAUUUAGUAAGAUAAGUGUCCCUGACAAUAUUGCCUACGUUAAACUUCAUCCUUUACUAGGCUUGAUCAUCGUCGUGUUGAUGUUACUGAAUCCGAUGAUGGCGUUUUUCCGUUGUGACCAUGACCAUCCAUACCGCCCAAUAUUUAACUGGCUUCAUUGGGGCGUGGCAUUUGUUGUGCAAUUUCUCGCAGGUUUCAAUAUCAGCUUCGGAUUUCACUUAGACAAAGUCAAUAUGCCAGUCGAUCAUGCCCUGGUCGUCAUGUAUACAUUCACGGCAACAUUUAUUGGAACGUACAUCGUUUAUGAGGUCACCAAGUGCAUUUUGAAGCGAAAAAAGUCAAACAAACCGAGUGAGGAAAUAGACCAAUUCUCAGAGGAUCUUAAUUUGGUUAAUGACGACGAAACCGAAAGUCCAAACUAUACCAGUUUCAAGUAUAUCUUUGGAUUCCACGUGAUUUCAAUGCUCUCUUAUGGUAUAACACUGAUGGCGUUUCUGUUGUCCGGGUAACAUGGUGAUGGCUUUCGCACCCUCGUGGAGGACUAUGUGUCUGCUGACUGUUAUGUUGAGCUGUCGCUCUUUUACGCCAUUUGUUUGUUUCAUGACAGACAAUGGAUACAUUGUGACAUUGAUAAGUAAUGCAACCAACCACACCUCGUGUAUAUGUUAGCAGGUACAAAGGGACAGUACUCCAGCUAAGACGUUAAUGUAAAAUACCUUUAUUUUAAAUCCAUCGUGUAAAUCUUGUAUUGUGUGGUGAACAGGUUUAGUGAUAUUACUCUUAAAAAACAAAAGUGUACUAUCACAUGAUUGGGUUAACAUCAAACUCUGAUAUAAUCUUCACUGGCAUCUUCUGAUUGGUGAAAUGUGAAAUAUAUAUUGUAUAUAUAUUAUACUUUCUUCUGCCCUCAUGCCUUAUUCAUCGCAUUGAUGUACCACUAUUUUUACAAAAUGUCCGCUUGAUGUUUACCAGAUCAAUAACCAGGCAUUUGUCCAGGUAAAUAAUGAAGAUAAUUAUAUUAGUACUUUGAUGUUUAAAUGAUAAUCGAAUAUAAAGUGAAUGGUCUUAAUAGAUCUAUCGAUUUUGAUUUCUAGGCAUGUUUACGUUCCAGACAAUCUGAUCAAUUAAUACCUUUGUGUAAUUAUUCCGUAUUUGUUAACUCAGAUCCGUGAGCAUUGCUCAUUUAAAUGUGUAUAACUGUUCAUUGAUAAUAGAUAAGAUAAUAGACAUAAGAGUAUAUUUAAAUGGUGCUACAUAUGUGUAACAUAUCAUUGUCGUAAUAGAGACAUCAUACUAAUAUCAGUUUACUCAAUUAAGCUAUGAGAUUACACUUUAAACAAACAUAAUUUUGUAUCUAGAAAGGCGAGAUUAAUGUUUAUUAAAGUAUCAAGUACCACCAAGUACCAAGGACCAAGAUUAAAAAUUUUAUUUGAAAUUGCAAAAAUGUAUUUGUGAUUUGUCUCAAGAAAGUUUCUUUCAUCCAAAAAAAAGACAGAAUUUGAAGUGAAAUGAAGGUAUUCCCACAGCAUAAUUAGAUUUCGAUUAGUGAAAAGAUUGUUGUCAGUGCCGAAAUAUCGGUGAAAAGAGUAUUCCGUUAUACAGAACAGGCGGUUAACAAUACAAGAUUCAUAGUCCAGCUAAGCCCUCCACAAGGUAAACUAUUAUCUAUCAUUUGAACACAAAUUCAUUCAUUCUUUUAAUUUGUUAUUUGGAACAUUGAAGACGCUGCACUGCAGCACCCUAUAUACAAAUAAAGAUUUGAUAAAA